AUGCACACGACUAGCAGUGUUGCGCAAGAACCACCAACAUUUCUGCACGUAGCUUCGUUGGAUGGUAGGGGGUCAGGAGAUAUAAGUUGUUCACAGAGAAAAGGUCCAGUGAAAGGGAUCCGCCAUCGUGCGCUACUAAGUGUUAACUUUGCAAUUCAUUCAUUCAAAGACAGGCGGCUAGUAUACUACCGUCUUUACACGAAGGAUGGAGCUAUCGAAGCGUACAACCGCAUUUACUCAAACGACCCAUCCAUAGGACGAAUCCUUACCAAGGCUGUCACACCGCCUCAUACUGUCUCGUCCCUCAAGAGGUAUCUCUGCAAGAUCGAGGGUUUCCCUGGGGCCGAAAACUCGAAUCUAUACGAAACACUCCCGAGCCAGUCUGCUAUAAUGCCGGAUUCCACCCGGAUUUCGCUCUUUGGACAAUCGGGAAUAGGCUCAUCUGUGGACGACCCAGCAGCUUUGGUCAUUGGAAAUGCAGACAUUGAAAAGCGAGCGCGAAACACAGAUGUAUCGAAAGACCUACCUGAAACACCUGAUACAACGGAUACACGCCAUGUCUAUUACUGCGUCUACGAUGAUGUGGGUGAAAUACCAUCAAAAACGCAUUUUGAUCAAGACGACACAUCGCUAGGACGAGUCGACGUGCUCUCUAUCGCGCCGCCGCGCACCAUUUCAUCCUUGAAGUCUCGCCUCUCGAAAGCAGAGGACUGUCUUGGUGAUGACGUUCAGCUAUUCAAGGACAUGGGGAGUGAUUCUUGCAUGGACGACACCGACGUCUUGACCCUUCUUGGUGACGAUUAUUUAGGAAGCACCGAAGACCAACCUAUGGCCAUUGUGUGCAAGACAAGAGCAGCUAUAGUGUCACCUCCCGAGCCUCCAGCACUUUCUAGGAAAAUCAAGGCAACGACUUCCGGACAUUUCCCAAACUGGCUUCCCAUCUCGACUGGCGAAGUACUUCUCACAGAUGGGAUCUUAAUUCCAGAGCCUGGAUAUCCAGAUAACCCGAAAUGCUACUAUGGAUACAUGGCCACCAACUCGGCGGGUAGGAAAGGCUUCGUCUGGCACCUUGAGUCAUUCAUCUGUUCUAAAAUGAUUUUCAAUAGCAUUGUAACUAAUGCUUCACCUGUUAGGUUUUUCAGAAUUUUGUGA